GUUCACAGUAAAGAGCCAAUGAUGUUGGCUCUGUCUUGUGAUCAGUUGUGUCCAAUCACAGCUGAUUGCAUAAGGGACAUCACUGAUCAUCAGAGCACAGAUGAUCAGUGUAGCCCCAUCAGUGCCCCCUGUCAGUGCCCAUCAAUGCCACAGUGUAGCCCCAUCAGUGCCACCUGUCAGUGCCCAUCAAUGCCACAUACCAGUGCACAUCAAUGCCACAUAUCAGUGCCUACCAGUGCACAUCAAUGCCACAUAUCAGUGCCCAUCAGAGCUGCCUUUCAGUGCCAACUAUCAGUGCCAGUCAGUGACACUAUCUGCCGCCAAUCAUUGCAACUUAUCAGUGCCAGUCAGUGCCACCUACAGUGGGGCAAAAAA